AUGACUGUCACCGAGAUCCUCGGCUCGACGUCUUUGGUGGCGGCCACCAUCCUGUGGCUCCUGUUUGGCAGGAAGUAUAACACGAUUCAGUCAUCGGCUACGAGCGUUAUGGCUGCCGGGCUUAUGGUCUAUGGAUGUGCCUCGAUCUGGCUCAACCUCGUCAACUCCUUCGUCCCGGACCCUUACCUGGUGAGGACAAACGUAAGGCCCCCGGGAAAGAGGCCAGAGACUAACAUGAAUCAGGACGAAUUCUUUCAUAUCCCGCAGGCGCAGGUCUACUGCAAGAACAAAUUCACCGAUUGGGACGACAAGAUAACAACUCCUCCCGGCCUAUACCUCUUGUCGAGGUUCCUCAUCUCCUUGGGCGCCCUCAUCACCCGAACCACUGUGGACGAGGCCUGCAAAGCAGGAGACUUGCGCCUCCACAACGCCUUUGCAUUGUUCGGCGUCGUCGUCUGCGCCGCCUACUGCCGGCAUCACAUAGAAGCCCAACACCGGGCCAUCAGCGGCCGGCAACCCCUCAAGUCGGUAUCGACUUAUUCUCUCAUGACCGGUGUCAACAUUGCGUUAUUUCCUGUCCUCUUCUUCUUCUCGGGCCUCUAUUACACCGACGUGGUGUCGACGCUCGUCGUCCUCGUCGCGUACGUUAACCAUAUGAACCGCGUUGGCCGACCCGCCAACGGAGUGCUCAAUGAUAUAUAUACUAUCACUCUGGGAGUCUCAGCUUUGAGCCUUAGGCAAACCAACAUCUUCUGGGUGGUCGUGUAUAUGGGUGGUCUCGAGGCUGUGCACGCCAUCCGACUGCUCAAACCAAAGGUCGAAGUCCAACGGUGCAUGUACAAGCUCACCGAAUACCUUGAACAUUUUACCCGGCGAUCCUCUCUUGGCGACAUUCACGAUCUCCCGCUGAACCUUGCGUGGCCGCAUAACCUGUGCUUCUCUGCACUGAGCAUCGGCGUUGCGGUCGUAUGCAACCCCAUGCAAGUCUUGCAAUGGGUGUGGCCUCAUGUAUCCAUCAUGGCCUGUUUCCUAUCCUUCAUUGCGUGGAACGGCAGCGUCGUUCUUGGCGAUAAAUCCAAUCACGUUGCGACGAUACAUCUCCCGCAGAUGCUCUAUAUCUGGCCCUUCUUUGCCUUCUUCUCUGUCCCCCUCUUUCUCCCUUCGGCUCUCGGCGCUCUGCGAGUUAUUCGCAAGAUCUUCCAGUCCCGAUCCAACAAGGCCUCGGCCCCAAAAGAGGCGCAACGCACAGAGCACUACGUGUUCUACAUCUUCCGGUACACGAUCCUGGCCUCGUCUUGGCUCCGCGAGCUCUUUACUUUUGCGUACCUGUUCUGCUUCCGCCUUUGCUGGGCCGCACUGGCGCCGUGCAGCCCAGCCGUAGAUAUGGCCUGGACCCAGGACUGCUCCGACUACGGCUUUGAUGUGGACGAGACACCGCCCUACACCUGCCAUCCCUUCUGGGGUCUAGUGUGCACGAACCAGUCACUCGAAAACAAGAAGCGCCCAGAUUUCACCCAAAACCCCGACGAAAUAUCCUCGAAGCCCACGAACAAGGAAAACCCCGAGGACGAGCGGGCUAUGCGUCCCAAUGGCGAUCAGGCCCCGCAGUCGUCAACCGUGAUACUGCUCCUCGUAGCCACGACGCUGUCGCUCAUGACGGCGCCCCUCGUCGAGCCCCGGUACUUCAUCCUGCCGUGGGUCUUCUGGCGUCUGCUCGUCCCGGCGUGGCGGGCUCACGAGCACACUGUGGCCGGGGAGGAACCCGUCCACCGCGUGCUUGGUCUCGACUGGUUCUUUGCGUGGGGAAGGCGUGUCGAUCUGCGCGUCGUCGUGGAGACGCUGUGGUUUGUCGCCAUUAACGUUGUGACGAUGGCCAUUUUUUUGCUCAAGCCGUAUGUCUGGAGGGCCGAGGACGGCACCAUCCUUGACGAGGGUCGUCUGCAGCGGUUCAUGUGGUGA